GCGCCCCUUUCCUCUAAAAGUGAAACUGGUUUGAGUGAGCGAACAGCACCGGUGGACAUCAUUAAGUAGUGCUGCAUUUGUGAAUAUUUCGCUGUAAAAAACAACUUAGUUUUACUGACGUACAGAAGACGGAUCGCCUCGCUUGUCUGACGUUAGCUGACAGUUAACAGCGCACUGACUUGAACAACGUUCUGAGCAGGGCCAGACCUGUGCUGGUGAGGAUAGGUCUAAGAUGGACAGACUGAAGCUGUCCCGCAUAGACGAGGAGCUGGAGUCCUCUGAGGUGGCAGCACUUUGCUUUUUGUGUUGUGAUGUUGUCAGCAGGAAACGCCUGGAGCGGAUCGGGGAUGCAAAACAGCUGUUCUUGAGACUAGAAGAAAAAGGACUGCUGGAUAACCCUGUCUUCCUCUCUCAGCUGCUCCACACUAUCCGUCGAGCAGAUCUCCUCAACCUCCUGGAGACAGACAGCAGGCAACCAGAGGAAACAGAUGCAAGUCCAGUCCUGUCAACGUACAGGGUGAUGUUAUACAGAAUAUAUGAAGACAUGACUGAGGAGAAUCUUAAAAAUAUGAAGUUUCUUCUGAACGGCAAGUUGGGCAGAAGACAAAUAGAAGCGAGCGAUACGGCGCUGGAUUUAUUUGCUGAAAUGGAAAAGGCAGGUUUACUGUCGGAUACAGAUGUGAAUGAGUUGCUUGCAACACUGAGGGAGUUCGAUCAACAACUGGCAUUGACUGUACAGCUCUACAAAAACAAGCUACCCCAACAGGAACAAGAGAGAUUACCUCCUCAUUUUAGUAUGGAUAACCAGCCAUCUGUCAACAACAACUCCCAGCCAACACAACCUACUCUGUCAAUAUCUGAGACCAUCUCAGAUGAAGGAGAGAGUGUUCAUACUGAUGCAGAAAUAAGCAGAGAGACCUCCUCUCUUCCUAAUGAGGACUACGCUCUGACUCAUAUUCCUCGUGGUUUGUGCGUGGUCAUCAACAAUGAGAGCUUCAGGGGUCUAGAGCUGAGCAAUCGAGGAGGAACUCAGGAGGAUGCAAAGGCUCUGAGGAAGGUGUUUUACAGCCUUGGCUUCGAUGUGGUGAUUCACGAUAACCUGACUGCUGACGACAUGCGACAUAAACUCAAAGAGCUGAGUAGAAGGAAUUAUUCUAAUGAAGAUGCCCUGGUGGUAUGUGUGCUCUCCCAUGGAGAACAAGGAUGUGUAUUUGGGACUGAUGAGAAGAAGGUGUCCUUGCGUGAACUGACGGAGCCAUUCACGAGCAAGAUAGCACCCACCUUGACAGGGAAGCCCAAACUGUUCUUCAUCCAGGCAUGUCAGGGAAGUGGCUACCAGGGAGGAACCGUGCCAUGUCCCCCGAGGCCAAGAAACGAGGAGGAAGUUGGAGAGACCUUCGAAGAGGACGCGGGUCCUGUCUAUGGCGAGACGGUGCCAUGGGAUGCUGACUUCCUGUUGGGCAUGGCCACUGUGCAAGAGUGCAAGUCGUUUCGCAACACUUCCACAGGCUCCAUUUACAUCCAGGAGCUGUGCAAGCAGCUGACAAGAUCAGCAGAAAGCUCGGAGAGGGACAAUAUACUCGAUGUCCUGACACGUGUGAACAGGGAGGUCGGCAGAGGAGUGUAUCUGUCCCGCAAACAAAUGCCAGAGCCCAAAUACACUCUGACCAAGAGGCUUGUCCUCAAAUUUGUGAGAUGAGUGUGACCAAGUGCAACGCUGCAAAUGUGGCAGGGUCCCAGAUCCACCAUAAUGUGUGUAUGUUUGUGUUUCUCUUUGUAUGGUACAAAUAGUUGGAUGAAUUUGAAUGUCAGUGUCUUUGUAGUUAUAGUGAGAAGUUGGUGUCUGGUAAUCUUGAGCAUCAUGUCAAAUAAAAUGUUACAGAUGUCA